GCUGGUUUCAAUUAUAGACCGGUAAAUUGGUAGAAAAUAUUGCUACUUAACGUACAAUUAUUUUAACAAUUCAAAACCUUUACUUAUGCAAUUUAAUAUAAUGCAAUAGACAUUGGCAGCAUCCGCCGAAACAAGCUCACUAUAUGUUUUUUGUAUAGAUUAAAUUUUCAGUAGUUAAGACAAGUGGAAAUAAUGGGUAUAUUCAUUGUAGUUGUGCUGUUAGCAACGAUGGCAGUUACUUCUAUGACUAAAGUGUCUCCUGAAAUCCGGAAAUUAAUGGCCGAAUUUACUAACGCAUGUCUAUCUGAAACUAAAGCAACCAACGAAAUGGUAGAAAGAGCAAUGAAUAAUGAAUUCUCCAAUGAUAUAAGGCUUAAAAAAUUUUUGGUAUGUACUGGAAAAAAGAGUGGUUAUAUUGACGAGUGUAAUAAUUUUGACAAAGAAGCUUUGAAAAAUGCACUAAUAAUGAUGUAUGGAUUCGAAGACAAAAUGGAUAAAAUUGUUCAAGAAUGUUUAGUAGACCAGGGGAAUGCUCUGGAUACUGCCUUUGAGCUAGUGAAAUGUUAUCAUGCGAAAAUACCAGUUGCUGAACUUUUGAAGGAACAAUAAUUACUAAUGUUUCAUCUAAGUUGUAUAAUAUAAAAAUAUCUUCAUAAUUAUGUAUUUAUUUAACAAAGGUUCCAGCAAUACAUUUUAUUUUGUAACUCUAUUUAUGUUUCGGCAAGCUCCAACUUCUAGAGUCGAAAAUAAGAAUUAUUCGUUUUUUAUGUUUCCAAUUUGCAGUUGGACACUCUUAGAUGUUUAUAAGUCGUAAAAGCUAACAAUAUACAUUGCUGGAAAGUGUAUUGUUCGCGAACACUUUUAUUGCUUGUUUUAUUUUUGUUGCCAGAGCAAAAUAUAUAAGUAGGUACCUAUCUCAUAACUUCGGUUUCUGAGAGAUCUGAAAAACAAGCAUCGCUUAUUUUUAUUUUAUUUUUUAUAUGAAUUGGAACGGCUAAAAAAAUAGAA